AUGCUGUCCCUCCUGCGCAUCUUCCUCUCCGCAUCACUUCUCCUCAACGCAUCCGCCUUCCCUCUCCUCCACCUCCGCGAUGCCGCAGAAUGGAACUUCGACCUCUUCCCGACCGUGCGAUGCAAUGGCACUGCCGACGCGCACAUCGGGUCCGGAAGUACAGGCUGCCGUGCGAACCUGCCCACCGAGGCCGCGGCGUACAGAUUGAAUGCCAUCUCUGAAGGCUGUCGCAUCCAGUUCUACGAUAACACCAUGUGCGACGAUUCUGAGAUGUCGGUUAUUGCGGGUCCUUUGACUACUUCGGAAACUUGUCGCGUUCCUGUAUCGGGUCACCGGUAUGGAUCUUAUCAGGUUACUUGUGAUGAGGAGUAG